AGUUCAAUAGUGGCUCAAUUUUCAAUUUUUACUCCCAGACACGAUGCAAAAUGAGAUUAAGUUCAUAGUCAAAUUUAAAAGUGACCGAACCACAAGCGAUAAAUUGAUGGAGCACCGUUUUCGUCGGAUUUCAAACCAUCGAAAUUUCCUGAUAGCGAAGAAGAGUAGCGUAGAGUGCAACGGGGAGUCUGCCGCCGAGCCGAGACAGGCUGCUCCAGCAGGCGAGCAAGUGCCAGUUGCUCGGCGGCAGUUGCCACGGUUGGACAUACAUUUGCGUCCUUUAUCGUCGAGGUCUUCGUUUCCACGCAACUACCCUCGUCGUGGUUCGUAAUCGAGAAUCAAGGCUCACGGUGAAACGAGCCGGUACACAAAAAGUGGCAAAACAGAGUUGACGAAUCGGUAAAAAGAAGAAGGAGGAAGCGUGCAGAGAAAAGAUCAUGAAAAGAAGGAUGCCAUGUGCCAGAAAUAGUGAGUGCGUGUGAGUGGCGUGCGUGUACGUGCGUGGCUUCGGUCCUUCGACCCUCGAGGACGUACCACCAGCCGAGGACACGAUGAUGAUGAUCCCGAUGAUACGCACUGCUAUCCUCCUCUACGUCUUCGUCCACCUCGAUGCCACUGCAAACACCAUCACUACGGCCAAGGAGGAGUGCAGGAAAAGGAUAGCCGAAUGCACGAUGAGCGACGGUGCAAGUACACCGGUAUGUGGGAGCGACGGUGUUACGUAUUCGAGUCAGUGUCAGGUCAUUUCGAAGCAGUGUCAAGGCAUGUCUAUUCUUAUCAAACACACUGGCCCUUGUCCAGAGACACCAGCGUGCUUCUCCGCAAGACUGACCGCCAGGCCGGGUGCACGACCAGUCUGUCGUCCGGAUGGCACUUACGCACCGGUCCAGUGUCACGAGGAAACCGGGUACUGUUGGUGCGUGACGCCGCAGGGCAGACCGUUGCCCGACACCUCGGUAAGACACCAAAGACCAAGAUGUUUGAAACCUGGUCCCAGAUCUGCUGCUUCCACCAGGAGCGGCCAAAGAAGGCGCUCGCCGAACUGGAAACAGCGAAGGCAGUACAGCAGCAAGCAUAGGAAUACCUGCGAUCGAGCUGAGAAAUCAAAGUUCAACGGGAACCUGAUCGAGAACUUCAAAAUAGAAUACAGACGGACUAACAUUUCUGCCGAUGGUGACAAAAACGUGGAACGCGUGCUGUCGUGGAAAUUCGUGACGCUCGACAAAAACGGGGAUGGCUAUCUGGAUAGGGCAGAGUACAAAGAGCUUAGGAGACUAGCGAAGAAGGCGGUAAGGCCGAAGAAAUGUGCUCGCACGUUCGCCCGCACGUGCGACCUAAAUCGAGAUUUGAAACUCUCCAGGCAAGAAUGGGGUGCCUGCCUUGCGAACGACUUCACUCUACGUUUGUUCUUGUCGCUGAACCCCGCAGACGAGCGCCCCGAGGUCCCUGAGGCCCAGAGGACCCGGGCCACGGACCAAGUGUUGAAAGGCAAUCCUGCCCCAGUACAUUCGCGACCAACGUUCAACGAUGAUCCAAUGGAUACUAAAGAAGAUAGCGAUGCAAACGAUUGUUUAACGGAUAGAAGAUCCGUACUGGAGGACGAGAGGCAACAUUCCCAGGAGAAAUUUUAUGUACCUGAAUGCACACCUGAUGGCAGAUACCAUCGAGUGCAAUGUUAUUCAGGUUACUGUUGGUGUGUCUAUCAAGACACUGGUAAACCAAUUCCUGGAACGUCCUCGAAAGAUCGUACUCCAAAUUGCAAUCCUGUACCCACUCCUAGCAGGCCCAUGAAAGGUUGUCCAGAACAAAAGAAACAGCUGUUUCUACGAGAUUUAAUGGACCUAAUGCAGAAAAAAAUGAAGGCGUCUGGGACGGAUUCUGACGAGACGACAGCCAAGUGGCAAGCUUCGAAAGAGGAACAAAUAGCGACCUGGCAUUUUGUUAUGCUGGAUAAAAACAAGAAUAAGGUUUUGGAGAGAAAAGAAUGGAAAAGUUUUCGCACAAUGGUAGCAAAUAAUAGGCAGCUUCAAAGAUGUGGCAAAAGAUUGCCUAGAUACUGUGAUAUCAACAAUGACAGAAGGAUAAGUAUGACAGAGUGGCUCAGUUGUCUAAAUGCUCAACGCCCUACAACAUCUGAGAGUACAGAGAAAGCGUCAACCACUAAGCCGAAGAGAAUGGGCCCAAAUCCUUUGGAUCAACUUUUGAAGAACGAUGAUGAUUAAGAAUAUAUGUGAUAUAAAUGCGUGUUCGUCAUUUCAUCGAUACAUUAUUGCAGUGACCAUUCAUUAAACAAGAGAAAAAGGAAUAUUUAAAAAAAAAUGAAACAUGUUGCUGUGUUAAAAGAAAAUUUAUUCAUAUUUUUAUAGCCGGUGAUAAAUACCACUGUCGCGUCAUUUAUUUUUAAUAUAAAUCAUAUUUAUCUGUGCCUUACAAAACUUGAUAGUACGAUAGUUUAUUUUGAUCGUAACAACGAUAUUGUAGCUGUAAGGAAUAAAAGUAACAAAGUAUUACGGGCAUAUACAAUUAUGUACAUAUUGAAGUUUUUUUUUAUUCAGGUGCUACGCACGAGACUGCUUUCUCAUGACGCUAUGAUAAUGCAGACGUGAAAUUGUACGUACAAUUGCUAAAUGAGUUUAUCGAAUUUAUUAAUCAAUCUUAUUUCUGGUUGCGCGAGUACUACAAUUAUUAAAUUUAGAUUUAGUAAAUUUAGGCUUGUACGUGUCUUAAGAUUUCUUUUAUAGUUAUCGAUUGUAUAACACUAUUGAUUCGCAAAUAAUUGUAAAGUUGAAGUUUGUUCAUUGAAAUAAAUUUUGUUUUGACAUAA